AAUUUGGUGUGUUGGUGGGUAGGUAGGUAUCACGGGUAGCUUUUCCCAAUGCCUGUCCAGGUGGCAGGCCCUGUUCUGCAACCAUCUGCGCCGUUCCCCGCCCAUGCAGUCAGGAGCGAGGAAUGCGGAGGUUGAGGCACGCCCGAGGCCAGUUCUGCACCUGCAUCGCUCGUCCUUGUUAUCAUGAUUUCCAUGGCAUUCUACAGGCAUGACGACGUCCCGCAGGAGGACGCCAGUGAGUGCCCGGUGUGCUACGAGAUCCUGCGCGAGACGGAGAGAACCCUGAGCUGUGGACAUGUGUUCUGUCACGACUGCCUGGUCAAGCUGCUGGUCAGCUUCUACGCCGAAGGACAAAUUCGGGACACCCUUGCCUGUCCGGUGUGCAGACACCUCACCUUUAUCAGGAAGCGGCAGGACGAGCAGCUGGCCUUGGCGCAGGGCAAGGGGCAGCCCGAGGAGGAUGCAGAACGAGGAGGAGGAGGGCAGACAUUGGAGGUGCCCGUCGGGAGGCCGCUCGCCCGGCUGGAGCUCGACACCACCUCGGCCGCUUCUCUCCGCGGGCGACUUCGGCGCUUCUUCUGCGCGGACUCCGAGCGUCUCCGGCGGCCGACGCUCCUCCGCACGAGUCCGUGCAGCAACUCGGAGAUCUUCGUCAUCAGCGCCCGGGGGAGACCCAUGACAGAGGAUGACGCGUUCAGCGUGGUUUUGACGGUGGUUCGGCCGCCGAGGAUUCGCCGGCGCCGGGUGUGCAGCACGGCUCGGUGCCUCGUGGUGCUCCUCUCCACCUUCACCAUGAUGGCACUGGUGGCUGCCGUGCUGCCGUGGAUCCUAUUGGCUUAAUGAGGAUACAAACAUGGACCACAUGCCAAAUACGAGCAUUGACAGAGGUAGCACAUGUGAUUAUUCACUUAAUUCUGUAUAGAAACUUGCUUGGGACCAAAAAAAAAAAAAAAAAGACUCCGGUAAAAGUAUUACUAUGAAAAUGUAAAUAAUACAAGACAUGGGGAAGUCAAUGCACGUGAUUGGGCACAGAAAGAGACUUGAGUACAAAAGAAAAGAGGCAUUUUCCUAGUCACUUUCAACAAUCUUGCACAAGUGUUAUAAAAUAAGAUUCACCAUGUUAUAUUCAACAUUUGUAUUGCUUAAGCUAUGGAUCGCGGGCAUGCGGGCGGUAUCUCAUGAAGACCAGCCGCACGUUAUACAUAAACACAACAGCAGCAAUCACAACAACAGCAAUCAUCAGUCUUAGCUGCAAUUCCAAAACCCAGAGGAGCUGUUAACCGGCUUAAACAGUUUGAAACUGUUCUAUGUCCCCACCCUUGACUUGAAGCCUGACUUGCGUGAUUGCACAAGGCCGAGAUGCAUCGAGUACCUUUCUUUUCCUUCUGUGUCAUCCCGCUUGGCCAGUCUUGCAGGUUCCAUGCAUGGGGGGGGGAUCGCACUGAAAUCAACACGCCAUUGCUUGUCUUCCUCCACGAACCAGAAAGUAUAGCGACCGGGAAGAUAUCAUCAUCAAAAUUCCACGCGACAAGCCUAAGGUUUAAAAAAAUAUAUAUAAAAUUAAAAAAAAAGGAGAAGUGUGA